UCCAUUUCGCUAUUGUUUAUGCCUUUAUCCUUAUGACAAGUAAUUUUAAUAUUGAAUUAUGGAUAUUCUAAAUUUUAAUUAAGAAGUAUAGAGUCGUGUCAAGUAAAGACUCGGUCGAGUCAACUCGGCACGACUAGACAUCGAGUCUGAGUCGAGUUUUCCAAGUUUUGGAUCUAGCCUUGAAAAGUUAAGAAUGUGAUGGUAAUGGACCCCUGAAUUGGUGUUCAUUGCCUAAAUUAAGAAUGUAGGCAUAAUGAAUCUGAGCCGUUUAUCGUGACAAUCUCAUGUUUUGUCAUUUUUCUGUGGAUAGGAGCGAUCAGCGCGCGCAUCCUCCCGUCUGCAUUUGGGUCCACCUGUUGUAGGAAGAGCAUUCAACACCCAAGCACCGGUCAUAUAUGAUGUUUGUGUGGCAUCCCCCCCGUCCAUCGGUUGUAACACCUCGUCGUAAGAUCUGAUCCCAAUAAUCAGCCCUAUCAAUUACUCAGGUGGGCCACACCAAAGGGAACAAAGGGAACUGUAGGAAUGGGACGCCAAACAUCAAAAUCCUCCUGGGGCCCACUGUGUUGUUUAUACUCCAUCCAACCCGUUCAUCAGAUGAGCCCCAUCAGGAUGAAGAGACAUGCUAAAAAUCAGCCUCAUCAGAACCUCAUGCUUACCACACGCUGUGAAUUUAGAGGUUUUAGUAGACAUUUUACAUUUUUCUUCUGGUGUGGCCCACGUGAGUUUCAAAUAAAGCGGACUUUCGAUAUUUACAGUGGUCAUGACGUGGUGCAGCUGAUGGACGGAGUGGAUUUCACACAUAUCACCUAAGCCCAACAGAGCUCGUGUAUUGCCCGCGCUCCCUUCAACAGGUGUUGGCGGCCCUUCUGUGGGCGCGUGUAAACUUUGAUACCUCUGGAGAGUGUGAUGGUUGAUGCGCAGGCACGAGAGUUUAUACACGUGGCAUACCAAGAUAAAUCAAAUUAAACCGUUUAACUUGUGGACCCCAAUUCAGAUGGAUCAAAAACCACAAAUUAUACUGAUUUGAUUAUCUAACUAGCCGACUGGUGGACCUUUAUUGCACAAGCGAAAAAUAGCCAAUGGUCCGGAUUCAGCAAAGAAGUGCCCAGCAGUCAUCUGUUCAAACAAUCUCAUCUUCGGAUGGUUCGAUCUGAGUUAAUCUACGGCACGUGUACAAUUGCUGCGUAUCAACCAUCACACUCUGCCGGAGUACCAAAGAACUUCCCCAUCAGUUACGAAGCAGUGAAUAUCACAUGUACGAGAUCCAUACCUUUCAUCCGCUGGGCCACGUUGUGGAUACGAUGCACCCAAAAUCACACUAGGCGAUGGAUUGCAUACGUGCGGUUAGGAAAAAAGCCAACCAACGGUCAUGGAGGAAAGAUCAUCCAUUUGAUCGAUAGGAAUAGGACCAUCUAACUGCUCUUCCUCUUGUCUGUAAAAAUGCUCGUAAGAACUUCAGUUUCCAGGAACUGGAAGCGUCGUCGCCGAUGGAGGAACCCCAAAUCCCACGCCACCUUCCACAGCAGCCCCGACAAGCAUCUCCCAGACGUGGUUUCCUGGAACAUCUCGAUAACAGAGCAUGCCUGCAAAGGCGAUUUAGACACCGCGCGCCAGAUGUUCAACGGAAUGCCUCAGCGAACAGUCGUAUCUUGGAACACCCUGAUUUCUGGGUAUUCCAAGUGGGGCAGGACCACAGAAGCCUUGGAUGUAGUUUCCAAGAUGCAUUGGUCCGGAACCAAUCUCAACGAGAGUAGCUUUUCUACCGCUUUGAGCUCAUGCUCUCGUUUCAGAUCGUUAGAUCAUGGGGAGCAAAUACAUUGCCUUGUUCUGAAAUCUGGGUAUGAAGAUUUUGAGCUGGUAGGGAGCUCUUUGCUGAAUAUGUAUUCAUCUUGUCUCAAGAUAGACAAUGCGCGCCGGGUGUUUGACAUAUUGCAUGGAAGGAAUCCCUUGGUGUGGAGUGUGAUGCUUGUGGGUUAUGUUCACUGUAACUUGAUGAGUGAUGCGUUGAAUGUAUUUAUGAAAAUGCCGAACCGAGAUGUUGUCUCCUGGACCACUCUGAUUUCGGGUUAUUCGAAGAGUGAAGAGCAGUGUAAGAGGUCUUUGGAGUUCUUUCGUUUGAUGAGAGCGAGUGGCGAAGCAGACCCAAAUGAGUUUACAUUUGAUAGUGUCGUAAGGGUUUGUGGUAGAUUGGGAACUUUGAAUAAAGGGAAGAUGAUUCAUGGACUUCUGAUCAGAUACGGAUUUGAACCUGAUCAAUCCAUCUGUGGCGGACUUAUCGUAUUUUACUGCAAAUGUGAUGCUGUGGAAGAUGCUAAGAGUGUGUAUGAUAGAUUGGUUGAACCAUGUCAAAACGCUUCAAAUUUACUAAUUGAAGGAUUCAUCUCAAUGGGUAGGAUUGGAGAUGCGGAGUCAGUUUUUAAUGGAAUGGUUGAACCAAGUCCAGUGUCAUAUAAUCUGAUGAUUAAAGGGUAUGGGCAGAGCAGUCGAAUCGAGGACUCAAAAAGGUUGUUUCGGGAAAUGCCUCAAAGAACUCUUGUGUCUUCAAAUACCAUGAUCUCGGUGUACUGCUGGAGCGGCCAGUUCAAUGAAGCUUUGAAGCUUUUCGAGAGCACAAAAGGGGAGAAGAACACUGUGACCUGGAAUUCCAUGAUUUCGGGGUUUGUUCAAAACGAGCAAGCUGAAGAAGCCUUGAAGCUCUAUGUGAGUAUGCACAGACUAGGAGUAGAGCACAACAGGUCGACUUUUUCAACUCUAUUCCGUGCCUGUUCCAGCAUCGGAGCUCUUCAGCAAGGAAAAUCACUUCACGCCCAUGUGACAAAAACACCAUUUGAGUCAAAUGUCUAUGUAGGAACAUCUCUUGUGGACAUGUACGCCAAAUGCGGGAGCAUAUCCGAUGCUCAGACCUCAUUUAGUAACAUCUCUUCGCCUAAUGUUGCUGCUUGGACAGCUUUGAUUAAUGGUUAUGCGCAUCACGGCCUUGGAAACAAAGCUAUUUCACUCUUCCAACAGAUGUUAGAGCAAGGAAUAGAACCAAACGUUGUGACUUUUGUAGGGCUUCUAACAGCUUGCAGCCGGGCAGGUCUUGUCAAUGAGGGGAUGGAAUUUUUCCAGUCAAUGGAGAAGUACGGCUUAGUGCCCACUCUAGAACACUACGCUUGCAUGGUCGAUCUUCUUGGCCGAUCAGGCUAUCUGCGGGAAGCAGAGGAGUUUGUUAAAGGAAUGCCGAUUGACGCCGACAGUGUGGUCUGGGGAGCUCUGCUCAGCGCUUGCUGGUUCUUCAUGGACAUGGAAGUGGGUGAGCGGGUGGCUGAGACGAUGUUCAGCUUAGAACCCAAGCAGAUUUCUGCAUAUGUGAUUAUGUCGAACAUUUAUGCAGGAGUAGGGAGGUGGGAGGAGGUGGUGAAGGUGAGGAAGAGAUUGAGAAGCAUGGAGGUGAAGAAGGGCCCUGGGUGUAGUUGGAUUGAGGUGAAGAACACUGUUCAUGUGUUCUGUGUGGAAGAUAGAGAUCAUCCCCAUUGUAAUGAGAUCUAUGCAUUUCUGGAAGAGCUGACAGCAAAUGUCUACUCAAGUUUUGUAUUUGAUCAUUCACAAUACCAAUGUCAAGAUCCUGAAUUUUUCUCAUUUGUUUCCCUGUAGAAAAUGUUCCAACGUUCGAUCUUUGAUCAAUGGCCUUGAAAAUGUCUGAUGUGGAUGUUUGGUCA